CUAAAUCUCAUAAUUUCAAUACGUGUUUACUGCUAAAUGUACAUAUUUACUAAUAAGAUCAGGGUCAGUGGAUUAUUUCAUCAAAAAAUUGAGUAGAUAUUCUUGACAUUGGCAGUCUAUUAUAUUUAAACUCCAAACAAAAUGUCCACAAUUUUAAAAACCGAAGGAAUUUCCGAAUCUAGUCUAUAUUACAAGGUGGAUCAAGAUUUGCGCAAUCUAAAUAGUCCAGUUCAACUAGGAUUUGAACCUAUCGCUCAUCAAACAGUGCAACAAUUAGGAACCGUCAGACCAUUUCCAUCACCAACUCCUGCCUCCCAGAUCACAGCACAAGGUAAUUACCAAGGGCUCCUUCAAGGCCCGACGGUUCCAUCUACAUCCACCGCAAUUGCCCAGUUCCGGACACAAAUUUCUCCAGAUUUAAGAGAUCUGGAACAAAAAUACAGUACGAGUAUCAUUUGCCUAUUUCCACAUGAAUCGUCAUCUGAGCAGCUAGAGAGCGAUUUCGGUACAGGAAAUAGACACUGGGUAGGUGGCAAUUUUGUUCGGCUUCCUCACAACCCGGCCAACACAGCGAUCCCGACUUUGGCGAACAAUCACCAACGUCACCUGGAUUCCGUAAAAAAGUGGGACAUAAUCAAAGGAGAGUUGGCCAUGCUCAACAAAUUCAUCUCUGAAAAAAAAUUGGACAUGAGUCAAGCAGGAAAUCAGAUUCAUGCUUCAGUUAGGAAGUUCAACUCAAAAGUGAAUGAUUUCUCCUUCAAUUUGUUAAACGAUCGAAGAGUUAGUUCCAGUUUACAAACCGCAUUCCCAAUUAUUUCUCGGGCAGCUCUCGAAAUAGACAAAAGGUUCACCUCUGGAAUCCCCAUUUUGAGAAAGAAUCAGCAAAAAACCUUGUUUCUCACACAAGGUCAGAUUCGUUGCAUUUUAGCUAAUGCGUUUUUGUGCACAUUUCCUAAACGAUUUGAACUCGUUGGGCAAGAACUUCCUGAAAUUAACUUCUUCAAAUUGUUCGAUGGAGGUGCUCGUGGAAAUUCAAAGCCAAAGUUGGAAAAAAUUGUAUGUAUUCUUAAUUAUUUCAAAGAAAUUGGACGUCUUGAAGGAGAAGGUUCAUUAAUAUCAUUCGAACGAAAGUCUGGAGGAAACCCUCCAGAUUGGACAAUUUCCAAGGAACAAAUGUCCAUGGUGCAUGUGGAUCAUCGUAAUCGAAUUGAAGAUGCUCGAGAAAGCCUUCAGAUCGACUUUGCCAAUCGCCUUGUGGGAGGAGGCGUCACUGGAAAUGGAGCAUUGAUGGAAGAAAUCAGGUUUUCUAUUUGUCCUGAGCUAAUAGCUGCGAGAUUAUUCACGGAAGCUCUCGAGUCGAACGAAGUCAUGAUCAUUACUGGAUGUCAACAGUUUUCCUUGUAUUCUGGUUGUGCUGAUACCUUUGCAUUCAAGGGCACAUUUUGCAACGACCCACGAGAUCCAGUAGUGUUAGACCCUUUUGGGCGGAGGAAAGGCCAAAUAGCGGUGAUGGAUGCUUGCUACUUUCGAGCAAAUGAGGCAGAACGACAGUUUGAAAAAGAAUUUGUACACCGCGAGCUCAAUAAGUGUUUUUGUGCCUUCAAAUUAAGAAGUCAGCAAAAUCAUGUCUCGCCCAUCGCCACGGGAAAUUGGGGCUGUGGAAAUUACAAUGGAAGCCCAGAAUUAAAAUUCAUCAUUCAAUGGAUGGCAGCAUCGCAGGCAGGACAGCGAGCACUGCACUACUACGUGAUGGGGAACAAGGAGCAAGGCGAAGAUAUUUUACGAACGGUCAAAUCACUUGGGCGGAAAGGGGUCAGGGUGGGAACUCUUUGCGAAGCUUUGAAAUGCUAUUAUCUGACUGAAAUCAAGUCACCUUCCUUCUUCAAAAGUCCAAAAUCCUUGUUCCAAUUCCUGGAAAAACAUUUUAAAUGAAACGAAUUUGAAUAUUUCGAUGUAUUAAUAUGUAUUCUGAGCACGACUGAUUCUCACUUUUAAUUUUGAUAGAGCAGUUUGGAAAUACGCUUAUUUUAAUAUUUUAGCUGUGUUAAAUUAAUCUUAAUUGAUAACCCUGUACAAUGCGUUGCAGUACAAGUCAUUAAAUCAAAUCCAGAAGAGAAAGCAUUGUAA